AUGCUUAACACCCCCGAUUCAAUCCUACCGGAGGGGAUCGUUUCCGCUGAACAGACUCUUCCUGCACCACUAAUCAGCUCGAGUGACCAAAUUUCUGCUACGGCAGCAGCUCGAGCAUUGUUCACUAACCGUUUUAAUCAUACUCGUCCUUCUGACAGUGCUGCUUGCAGUAAUGGCAAGUCUACGAUCGAAGCACCUAACUCACCCAAUUAUCGAGAAUUACUAUAUGAACGUGAAGUAAAACGACUACAAUCUCAACUUAAUGAAACAGAAGAUCAGUUAGUAAAAGUAGAAUUAGAACAAUCAGAGACAAAAAAGAAGAUAGAAAUUUUAAUUGAAGAAAUAAGCAGAAAAAAUGCACGUAUAAGAGAUCUGGAAAGGAACGAAAAAUCACACUUACGAGCGCAAGAGGACAUGGAAGCAAAACUGACAACAAUGAAGAAACAGGUUGAUCAGAUGCAACGGCAUCAUGAAAUUCAAAGGGAAAAGCUGGUGGUGUGCAAAGAGAAUGAGGACAAGUGGGAAGCAAAAAAAGCUGAUCUUGAAGAAACACUGAACAACAAAAACAAUUCUGUUCUUCUGCUUGAGAGGAAGCUACGAGAUGCCAAUGACGAACUUUUGAAUCGCUCCAAGGACUUGAAGAACGCUGAACUUGAGUGUACACGGCUUCAGCGGGAACUGGAGGAACUCAGCAAGAGCAACGACCUGCAGAGAGAAGAAUAUCAAGCGUCAGUCGCAGAUUGGAGGAACCGUUUUGAGAAAACGAUGGCGGACCAGCUAUCGUGCUGUGCUGCUGACAUAGAAAGAAAUGCAAAUGUGGCUAGAGAAAUACGUGCAAAAACGGAAGAGAUUGAAAGGCUCAACCAAUUGUUAGAAAAAGAGAAGCAGCAUGUCGAAUUCGUUGUGGAGGAGUGUACGGCAAAGUCUCGAGAGGCAGAUGCUAUGAGGUCGAAACUGGAGAGUUUGGAGGCAGAACGAGCGCGCCGUGACGAACUUGAAAGGAAUACAGUGUGCAAUCGUUGUGAAAACGAAAAAGAGAAGGAAGAAGAAUCCAUUGAGCUGGGUCCUGCUAAAGCUCGCAUUGAUAGGCUUGAAAGCGAAUUGUCCGAACGAGAACAAUUGCUGUGUAAGAAAAAUGAAGAAUUGGAAGACAUAAUGUCCGAGAAAAAGAAAAUUGAUCUCGAAAGAGAAAAGGCUAUGAAUGAGUUAGAAAGGAAGACCGAAAGUUUAAAAGAAGCUCUGUUCAUAAUGGAUGGGUUACGUGAAGGAAUCACUGGAGUUAUGGCAGGAUCCGGUAGCGGAAUGCCUACAGGAAUUGAAGAACAUGGAGAGGAAGUCCAUAGUCAGCUCUCUCGAAUAGCCAUGGUUGUUCAGGAGUAUGACAGGCGUUUCAAACAUUUGGAAACCUACCUCACAGAAGAAGACAGACAGCAACGAUGGCCUGUCUAUGGAGUGGAUCUGACAGAGACCAUUAAAGAUCUUCAGUACAGACUUUUCGCUGCCAACCAAAAGAUCGCUGCGUUCGAAAAAGAGAAGGUGGACUGGAAAGACUCCAUGCAGCAACUGGAGGACAGAGAAGAGUUGGCUAUGCAAAAGAAUUCGGAACUGACCAAUGAAGUGAAUAACCGGCUUCGUGAGCUCGAUGGAUUGAAUGAGGAGAAGGUGAACUUGGAAAAAACGAUCUCCUGCUAUCGCUUAGAACUUGGAUCAAAGUCAGUGCAACUUGAAAAGAUGACUAAAUCGGUGGAAGAAUUACGGAAGGACAACACCUCACUUCUGCAGUUGAUUGCAACCUCAAAAGAAGAAUAUGACAAUGAAAGAAAAUUAUCGAAGCAGCAGGAGGAUCAACACCUGGUGGAAAAUGAACAGCUGCGCUCCUUGAGCAUGAAGAAGGAAGAGGAGAUGCAAAUUCUGCGGGAGAAGAUCUCAAGCUUUGAGAAUGAGCUGAAGCUAUGUCAAGAAGAGAAUGUUCAGCUCCGCCUGAAGAUUAGCUCCCUGGCAGAGGAGAACGAAAACUACAAAGUUGUCGUUGACAAACUGAAAUCUGUAGAAAUCGAGAGUUAUGCUGAGUCGAACACUUCCAAAACGAAUUCUAUGCUGCAACUGUCUCGUCAGAGAUUUCAUAGUGCUCCGACGUCACCAAGAUGCGUUUAUGCGAAUCACGACCCGAGCGCCAUACUGACGACACGUAACUCCGUCAAAGGUGAAGACAAUCUGAGGAUUGGAGUGGGCCACGAAAAAGUCUUGAGAGCACAUCGGUUCUUGAAGCGCACCUCCUUCUACCAAAUCAGCAGAAUACAGACUGGAUCAAAACAUAACUAA